CAAAAACAUAAAUUUACUCUCUUUAAUCGCCUCUGAAAAUUUGCCCGCAUUUUGAGAGAGCCCUAGCAAUGUUUUUUUAGAGAAGAAGCUUUGAAAAGACAGGUUAAAGGGCUUGAGACCCGCGCUUUGCUCGUUGAACAACAAAGCAAAUUCUUCCUGCGCUCACAUUUUUGUCACAAAAUAUUUGCAGGAACUUUUCAUUAUUAGCCAAACCAAAAACAACAAAACCACCAUCCAACUUUUAUCGUCAUCUCUUCUUUCUUUCUUUGCCCUUCGUCUUUCAAAACCUUUGUGGGCUUGUUUUAGUUCCACCUUCUUUAAUUUAUUUCUUUUCUAGCUUGCUAUAUUCUUGACUCUUUACACCCACACGAUAUUUUCUCUCUUUCCUUUAGUUCAAGUUCUUUGGCUUUGAUGGAUUCUCUUUGAUAUUAGCAAGCUAUCUCAUGAUAGUUUUACAUUUAGAGUUCAUGUAUGUUCUUUUUAUAUUCAUCAAAAGUAUAGUGAUAGAUAUAUGGAGCAAUAUUGUUGCUUGGAGGAAGAAAGAGAGAAGAGGUUGUUUCUCUUUUGAAUCUUUCACUUCUUUGUACCGCUAUACCUGGCCAUCAAUUAUUUGAGCAGGCAAAAUUAGAAGCAUCCACGUUCGUUUGGUGGCGCUGUUUCCUUCUGUUUUGAAUCAAUAUUUCAUUGAAGGACUAUUCCAUUUGGCUAGCUUCUAAUUUUCUCCAUGGCAACGAAAAUCAAAGGGCUCUGUAAGGGGUUUAAGUACAUCUCGCAAAUCUUUGUGGUGAAGGAACGAGAGAUGGAAAUUGGGUAUCCAACAGAUGUCACGCAUGUGGCGCAUAUAGGUUGGGAUGGCCCUUCUGGCAAUGCACCCACUUGGAUGAGUGAAUUCAAGACACCUGACUUCUCAACAACCACUGUUGCUAAUCCAAGAGAUUCUAAUUCUGUUACUUUCUCCCCAUGGUCCUCUCAAGAUUUUGAUGAAUCUAUGGGUCAUCAAACUAUGCCUAAUGUGUUCAAUGACAUUCCACCUUCGAAUCUUCCAAAUGUUCCCAAGAAACCGAAAACUAGGAAAAAGAAAACAAGUUCUUCCUCUCCUAAUUCUUCAUCUUCUACAUCAAGAAUUUCCCGGAAAACGAAGCAGAAGGCUAUGCAAUAUGAACUUGAAUCAACACCAGAGGUACAAGUACAGUAAGAGUGUGUAGACGGCUCAUGCAAAGAGCAGAAAAGGAUAUUGAUGUGUAUAUCAGAAAUUGCGUGUCCCCUUUUCGAGAUCCAAGAUGAUACAAUGGCAGUAAAAUUCAAGGUUUUUACGUAGGAAUUUGAGCAUAACUUUUGUAAAUUAUUAAAAUUGUGUUUCAUUUAUGAAUUGAAGAAAAGAAACUAGGUAUAA